CGGCGAUCACACCAAGUGAGACACUGCGAGCUGAGAGUUUGGGAGUCAAAGAAAAGUCUAGACCCGUGGGAGGAUAGGGUUAGAGGAUUGAAGUCGUUUUGGGUUGGUUUGGAUGUUAAGAUCAAAAGGGAUUUUAUGAAGGUGAUUGCAAAGCUUAGAAGUUUUGUCAAGAGAGUACACAAAACCAAGGGACUAGAUGCCUUGGAAACAUGUCGAGCUAUAGGUAUGGAGAAGUUCUCUAGUGCUGAAGAAUGCAGGACUCAUCUUGAACAAGAGCAUGCUGCUGAUUUUAAACCUCAUUCGGCAAAGGAUAUGGUCAAGAGGAUAGGGAAGACCUGGGCUUAUAAGAUACUGGUUGGGGUGUGGGAACCAGUGGAUGCAGUUGCUGCUGUUGGAAUGAUCAAAACUCAGCUCGCUUACCUGCGGUUGAAGAGCGGAGUAAGUUACUCAAGGAAAUCAAGUUACUCAAGCAAUGAUAUAGUAUUGAAGUCCAUAAAACUUAUCCAAAAGGUUCUGCUAAUCGAUGCAAAGAUAUUGCUGAUUGAUAAUUCAAGGAUUAGAUUGUUAGACAAACUCAUACGGCUUUCUGUUUUUGACAACCGCUCUUAUACGCUUCAGCUGCUGAAACCUUUCUUGCUGAAUGAAAUUGUAAGUAUGGAAUCAAAAGUCAAGUUAGAUGCAGUAGAAGCUGAUAUUUUAGUCAACGAGGAGAAGAAGCCACUCAAAGAGGAGAAGUCACAGAGAAAAAAGACGAAAAAAACUAAAAGUAUUAAGAGAACUUCAACGAGCAUGUCUAGUCCCGUUGAUAAGAAUGUUGAACGGAUGUGUUGUAUUGGGAUGCAUAAUUCUUAUUUCUUUCAUUUGCGCAUGCCUGGAAAAGAUUCAGUGUCAGGAAACUUGGAGUCAGCACUUGGAGAAGGUGCAGCUAGAUAUAAUUCAGCUCUUGACAUGACGGUAAAGGCCCUCAUGAACAUAAACGUUCUUAAAGAAGAUAUAAAGUACAAUAAGCAACCAUUUCACGGCAACCUGGAAGAACAAGUUCCUUAUGAGCUACAAAAUUUAUUUAGUGCUGUUGUGUCAGGGGAAAUAAAAACUGAGGGAGUCUACAGUUUCAUCUUGAGAGACUUACUUGCUUCCCUAGAAGAAGCUAAGUCCAUGUCAAGUGGUGCUGCUGAGGUACUUGUAACCAUCCUUGAGUCUUGGCAUCGCUGGACAAAUUUAGAAAGAGAAAGCUUGGUGACACGCCUUUUUACAUUGGAGGAAAAUGAAAGAAUGCAUUGUAGAAAAUGCAGAAGGAUGCCAAAUUAUCCAGAGCAAAGUUCUUAUGGAAUUGUUAUGGCUGCAGAUUCAAUCCGAGACUUGAAGUGUACUUUUCGGAAUAUGAAGUUUGUGGAUAUUCUUAAGGUGAUGCGCAUGGAAUACAAAAUGUUAUGCGACAUUAAAUCUGGAGGCUGUGGAACGACAAAUUUUGUUCAUCAUGUUAUAAGUAGAUGCCCAUCUAUCUUCAUAAUCGUAUUAGAAUGGGAGAAGAGUGAAACAGAAAAGGAAAUUUUUGAAACAACAAAGGCUCUAGAGUGGGAGAUAGAUAUCAGCAGGCUGUACAAAGGCUUAGAACAAAACACUAACUACCGGCUUGUGUCUAUGGUUGGAUAUGGUGAAGAAGAAAGAGAACACAUAUGCAUGGCUUAUGAAAAGAGCCGGUGGGUCAAUCUCAGACGUGAGUCUUUAGCAGGAGAGGUUGUUGGCAACAACUGGAAGAAUGUGGUCAGAUUCUGUGGAGAAAGGAAGGUUCGGCCAGAGAUUUUGUUUUAUGAAGAGCUGCCUGAUCCAUGAUGGCCUAACAAGUGUAUAGAUAUGGGAUAUGUUGAUGCAACCUAAUUAGAAGUAUAAUCUAGAAUCAAGUUGUUAGCCAUGGGCAACUUGAUUUUCUCAAGAAACACCAAACUCCUUAACCUGCAACUAAUGACAUAAUAAAAUAAUAUAACCAACAAUGUAGCUGGUUUAAGAUAAUACUUGUAAAGUCUAUGGAUAAAAUAGGCUAAAAAUCAGUAAUAUUCUAGUUUGUGGUAUAUAAUGAAAGGUUAAUAAAACUUUUAAACAUUAUUUUUUGGUC